UUAUGUGUUUUCAUCAAUAUUCUGUUUUUGUCAUAAAAUAUUAAUUCCUUCUUAAAAAAUAUAUACAACAGAGUAAUACCGAUCCGAAUUUAUUAUAGUGCUUUCUUCAUGCUUCAUUGUUAUAAACAUACUAAUAUUUGCAUCGUUUAACCUAAUAAACUGUUAUUACACACAUUCUUUCGUUACGUCCUUUAAAAAUAUAUUAAUUAUAGUGUUAAUGAAAUUAUAACUUUAAGUUUAAUAAAAUCAGUCAUGUGAUUUGUUUAAAAUAAGUAACAUAUUAAAACGAAGUGAAAACAUUUAUUACUAAAAAAUGAGUGAAAGUGCACUAAUUAAUGAUGUGCCUGAAAAUAAUGGUGGAUCAGAACAACCCGUUUACAAUGGAGAAACUGAAGAACAUACAAACAAAUCACCUGGAAGCGGAGAAGAUAAAACACCUGAUUCGAUAUGUGAUAAUGGAGUUAAAAAAAAUAAUACAGCCUCUGCUGUUGCAAGUAAUACUACCAAUACAACUAAUAGAGCUAAAAAGAGGAAGAAAAUUCCAAGAGAUGCCACUGCCCCUAAGCAACCUUUAACUGGUUAUUUCAGAUUUUUAAAUGAUCGACGAGAGAAAGUAAGGACUGAAAACCCUACUCUAUCAUUUGCUGAAAUCACAAAACUCCUUGCUUCAGAGUGGAGUACUCUACCUGCUGAUCAAAAACAGCAAUAUUUAGAUGCAGCAGAACAGGAUAAAGAACGAUACAAUCGUGAAUUUAGUGAUUAUAAACAGACAGAAGCAUACCGAUUAUUCAGUGAAAAACAAUCUUCAGAAAAACAAGAAAAUAAAAAGGAAAGAAAUGGAACUGAUAUAAAUUCAGAGCAAAAUGAUAUUCAACAAGAUAAAGAUAAUGACUUCACAGGUUUUGAUAUACCUAUUUUUACAGAGGAAUUUUUGGAUCAUAAUAAAGCAUGUGAAGCUGAGUUAAGACAAUUAAGGAAAGCUACAUCAGAUUAUGAAGCUCAGAAUGCGGUACUGCAACGACACGUAGACAGUUUGUAUGCAGCUGUAAAUCGUUUAGAAUCUGAAACAAACCAACAACACACGACUAAUCAAGCUUUACAGCGUCAUUUGGAUUCUCUUCGUUCACAAUUAGCAAGUUGUUUCGCUUCAGUACCUCUACCAGGUACGAACGAAGGCGCAACAUUACAAAAUAUUGAUAAUUACGUUGAGAGACUUGAAUCGUUACUGACUGGCAAUGUCGAACAAUCUUUGCGAAAUACUGUGCGUAACGCUGUAUCUCGCCUUGAAUUAAUUGGAUGACGAUCGCCUCCCGGUAGUACAACUACUACAUCAAUAAAACACCAUCGUUCAAGGCACUCACAUCGAAAAUAAAAAAAGUGAUUGUGUUCUUUUCUACAUACUUCGUAAAAUAUAAUUUCCUUUUUUAAUUGCGUAUACUCUAUAUUAUUCAUCUAUAUUAUACAUCUUGCGUAUAGUUUAAUAGUAACGGUAUAUCUUUAUAUAAAAAUAAUUUUCUUUCCAACAUGAUUUUAAUAUUAUGCCUUACUUUUUAAAUAAAUAUAAUUUAUAAGGUAUAAUUGCAUAGAGUUAUGUAUACAGAUGCAAUUAUUCAUUUGUGUAAUUUACAUGUACCUAAUCAAUUCGUAGCAUAAUAAGAAAGUAUCAUUAUGAUACUCUCAGACAUUUAUUAAUAAAUUUUUUAAACUUAUUAGUGAUUUGUCAUAUUGCUUUUCAUAAGAUUUCGAAGCUGAUUCCAGCAGUAUCUGAAAGUGAAUCAAAAUUCGUGUAUAAUUUGCAUAAUCAGUUAUUUUUCAUGGUUUUCUUACCUAAAAGAUGCCGCAUUUGGGCGUCGAUGGAUUUCCAAAUCAUUUAGAGUAUAUUCAAGUUCUGGUGAUAAAAAUUGUACCAUUUCAGUCGAUAUUGGUAGAAUCGAACGUAAAAGUUCGAAAGUAUUAUGCUGAUUUAUUAUUAGUGACUUUUUAACAGAACUAGAUAUUAUAUUAUAGAACUUAUCCCUGGAAUUUUUAAUUCUAUAAAUUAUUGUUUAGAAGCAAAUAUUAAAUUAGUGGAAACCAAUACUUACUGUAAAGAAUUAUUCUCUUUGUAAUAUCUAUUUCUAAUAAUAUUAUUUAUAAAGUCAAUAGUCUGUUGUUUAUGUGGAUGAUGGUCAUGAACUUUUACAUAGCAUCCAAUAAUAUAUGAUGUACAAAUUACAAUAAUGGAUUCUACUAUAUGACAUGCAUAAUUUAUUUCAUCUUUAAGCAGAUUUUGUAAAAGUAUCAUUACCUGUAUUAAAGACAUAAUAAAUGGUAAUGGAUCUUAAA